GAGGUAACUGGAAUGCAGCGUGUUUUCCCAAUAAAUACAAUGUUGCUCAUUUAGGGCAACUACUGUUUAUGAUUGACUAAAGUUACAUUAGCUAACUUUUUAUGACGUAUUCCAGUUGUAGUCAAAACUAUUAAAUUUCAACUUCCCAGUUAGAAAGAAAUCAGCUGGCACGACCCCCGAAGUCAGAUUUUGGGAGUAAGUCCGUGUACUACGACCUGUAAGGCCGACUUUGCUUUUCAAAAUGGCCGCUCCUGGCAUCAACAGCAGAAGACUUGAUUGAAAUGUUGAUUUUACAAGGCACACAAGGAGUCCUCUUGGCGCCUCUGCUGGUCUUUGGCUGCGUCGCCUGCAGACGCUGCAGUGGGUUGAGGGAAGGGGGAGUGAAUCCUCUUGGUCCGCCCGCUGAUCUUCGGCUCCGCCGCGCAGAGAAGCUGCGGCGGAGCUCAGAGUCAAGUUGGAAACUGCAGCGAUGCUGAGGACUUUGGUGCCGCUUCAGGACCGACUUGUUCUGGGGAAAACCUUCAUCUGAGAGGAGCCGCCGCCCGCCGCUGUCAGACCCAACUUUGUUCUGGACCGAACUCGCUGCAGGACGGAGGGAGGAGGACGAUGGGGGUCGGCUUUUCUCCGCGCCUCACUCUGCUGUGCCUCGGCUUCGUCUCCGGGGUUCGAACCCUCAACCCCGAUGACCCCAACGUGUGCAGCCACUGGGAGAGCUACGCCGUCACCGUGCAGGAAUCCUACGCCCAUCCCUUCGACCAGGUCUACUACACCCGCUGCACCGACAUCCUCAACUGGUUCAAAUGCACCAAACACAGGAUCAGCUAUAAGACGGCCUACAGGAGAGGCGUGAGGACGAUGUACCGCAGACGCUCGCAGUGCUGCCCCGGGUUCUACGAGACCGGAGAACUCUGCGUCCCGCUGUGUACGGAGGAGUGUGUCCACGGCCGGUGUGUUUCUCCGGAUACCUGCCAGUGUGAGCCGGGCUGGGGGGGACUGGACUGCUCCAGCGGCUGUGAGAGCGACUUCUGGGGCCCCCACUGCACCAACCGCUGCCAGUGCCGCAACGGGGCCAAAUGCAACCCGAUAACGGGGGCCUGCGUCUGCACCGACGGCUUCCAGGGCUGGCGCUGCGAGGAGCACUGCCACCACAACCUCUACGGCAAAGACUGCAUGCAGGAGUGCCAGUGCCUCAACGGCGCCACCUGCCACCACCAGAGCGGGGAGUGCCUCUGCGCGCCUGGCUACACUGGCAGCUUCUGUGAGGAGCCCUGUCCUCCAGGUCAACACGGCUCCAUGUGCGAACAGCGCUGCUCCUGUCAGAACGGAGGAACCUGCCAUCACGUCACCGGGGAGUGUCACUGCCCGCCCGGCUGGAUGGGUCCGGUGUGCGCCCAGCCGUGCCCCUUCGGCUGGUUCGGCAUCAACUGCUCCGAGGAGUGCACGUGUCGGAACGGAGGCCUGUGUGACCACAUCAGCGGCGUCUGUCAGUGCACCGCCGGCUACAUCGGAGAGAGGUGA